CCCCGCUGGCGCGGCUGCCUGCGGGGCCUGCGGGGCGCGCUGCCGCCCGACGUGCGACGCGAGGCGGCCGCGCUGGGGGCGCUCGCGGGCCCGGUGUUCCUGGCGCAGCUGAUGAUCUUCCUCAUUGGCGUGGUCAGUUCCAUCUUCUGCGGGCACCUGGGCAAAGUGGAGCUGGAUGCCGUUACGCUCGCCGUGUCGGUUGUAAACGUUACUGGGAUUUCCGUUGGAACUGGCUUGGCCUCCGCUUGUGAUACACUGAUGUCUCAGUCCUUUGGAGGCAAGAACCUGAAACGCGUGGGGAUCAUACUGCAAAGAGGAAUCCUCAUCCUGAUGCUGUGUUGCUUUCCGUGCUGGGCCAUCUUCAUCAACACGGAGCGUAUCCUCUUGCUCUUGAAACAGGACCCCGAAGUCUCCAGGAUAGCCCAGAUUUACGUGAUGAUUUUUAUUCCCGCUCUUCCUGCAGCAUUCCUGUUCCAGCUGCAGACGAGAUAUUUACAAAGUCAGGGGAUCAUCAUGCCGCAAGUGAUCACUGGGAUUGCAGCAAAUGUGAUCAAUGUGGGCAUGAAUGCCCUCCUGCUCUAUGCCCUGGAUCUCGGAGUAGUAGGAUCUGCCUGGGCAAACACCACUUCCCAGUUCCUCCUGUCUGCUCUUCUUUUCCUGUACGUCUGGUGGAGAAAACUCCAUGUCGACACCUGGGGAGGUUGGACUAGGGACUGUUUCCAAGAAUGGAACUCCUACAUCCAGCUGGCUAUUCCCAGUAUGUUCAUGGUGUGCAUCGAGUGGUGGACCUUUGAGAUUGGAACCUUCCUUGCAGGACUGAUUAGUGUGACAGAGCUUGGGGCCCAGGCCAUCAUUUACGAACUGGCCUCUGCAGCCUACAUGGUGCCCCUGGGCUUUGGUGUGGCGGCCAGUGUCCGAGUGGGUAAUGCUCUGGGUGCAGGGAAUGCUGAGCAGGCUUGGCACUCUAGCGUCACUGUUCUUCUGUGUGCGGGUGUUUGCGCACUCGUAGUGGGCGUUUUACUUGCAGCUUUGAAGGAUGUCGUUGCCUACAUAUUUACCAGUGACAAAGAUAUUAUUUACCUUGUGAGCCAAGUGAUGCCUAUUUUUGCUCCCUUUCAUCUAUUUGAUGCACUUGCAGGCACCUGUGGGGGAGUCCUACGAGGUACAGGAAAACAAAAGAUUGGUGCUAUCUUGAAUGCCAUUGGUUAUUAUGUUUUUGGUUUUCCCAUUGGAGUAUCUCUGAUGUUUGCUGCUAAACUUGGGAUAAUAGGUCUCUGGUCUGGAUUGAUAGUCUGUGUUUUCUUUCAAGCCCUUUUCUAUUUGGUGCUCAUCUGGAAGACAAACUGGGAGAGAGUUGCCGAGCAGGCACAGGUCCGAGCUGGGCUGAAGGGGAUCAUCAGAGAGACCACGCCGUCACCAGCAGAUCUGCCUGUCUUGGAGAAAGAAGUAACCGAUGGAGUCAUUUUACCUGAUAUCAUCACACCCGAGAGCCAGACCCUCCAAUUAAUGGACCGGGCCAUGGAGAGCCGAAUCCAGCGGGUUCGCGCGGCGUUUGCGUCCGGCCGCUCGCGCCCCGUUAGGUUCCGUCUCCAGCAGCUCGAAGCCCUGCGCAGGAUGGUGCAGGAGCGCGAGAAGGACAUCCUGGAGGCCAUCGCCGGCGACCUGUGCAAGAGUGAACUCAAUGCAUACAGUCAGGAAGUCAUUACCGUUCUUGGGGAACUUGAUCUUGUGCUGGAGAAUCUUCCUGAAUGGGUUGCUGCUAAACCAGCUAAGAAGAACCUGCUCACCAUGCUGGAUGAGGCCUAUGUUCAACCGGAGCCCCUGGGAGUCGUACUGAUUAUUGGAGCUUGGAACUACCCCUUUGUUCUCACCAUUCAGCCUCUGAUUGGAGCCAUUGCUGCAGGAAAUGCUGUCAUCAUCAAGCCUUCUGAACUAAGUGAAAAAACAGCUAAGAUCUUGGCUGAACUCCUCCCACGGUAUUUAGACCAGGACUUGUAUGUUGUUAUCAAUGGUGGCGUCGAAGAAACCACAGAGCUCCUGAAGCAGCGAUUCGACCACAUUCUCUAUACGGGGAACACAGCAGUUGGAAAAAUUGUCAUGGAAGCUGCUGCUAAGCAUCUGACCCCUGUUACUCUGGAACUAGGAGGGAAGAGCCCGUGUUAUGUCGACAAAGAUUGUGACCUGGACAUUGCCUGCAGGCGUAUAACUUGGGGGAAGUACAUGAAUUGUGGUCAGACCUGCAUUGCUCCUGACUACGUUCUCUGCGAACCGUCCCUCCAGAAUCAAAUUGUGCAGAAGAUUAAGGAAACUGUGAAGGAAUUUUAUGGUGAAAAUAUAAAAGAAUCUCCUGAUUAUGAGAGGAUCAUCAAUCUUCGUCAUUUUAAGAGGAUACUAAGUUUGCUUGAAGGACAGAAAAUAGCUUUCGGUGGGGAGACCGAUGAGGCCACACGCUACAUAGCCCCGACAAUACUUAGUGAUGUUGAUCCUGAAAGCAGGGUAAUGCAAGAAGAAAUUUUUGGACCAAUUCUUCCAAUAGUUCCUGUAAAGAAUGCUGAUGAAGCCAUAAAAUUCAUAAACAGCCGUGAAAAGCCCCUGGCUUUCUACAUAUUUUCUCACAAUGAUAAGCUUGUCAGACAGAUGAUCAACGGCACGUCCAGCGGUGGUGUCACAGCCAAUGAUGUCAUCAUGCACUUCACACUCAGCUCUUUACCCUUUGGAGGUGUGGGUUCUAGCGGGAUGGGAGCUUAUCACGGGAAAUACAGCUUUGAUACUUUUUCUCAUCAACGUCCCUGUUUACUAAAAAGUUUAAAGAGAGAAGGUGCUAACAAGCUCAGGUAUCCUCCCAACAGCCAGUCAAAAGUGGACUGGGCGAAAUUUUUCAUUUUGAAACGCUUCAACAAAGGAAAACUCAGUCUGCUGGUACUAACUUUCCUGGGCAUUUUGGCGGCUGUGCUUGUCAAGAAAUACCAAGCUGUGCUGAGGAGAAAGGCCCUGUUGAGUUUUCUGGGAGUUCAGACUGUGUUGUCCAAUAAGCAGUGAUGGCCAGCAGAUUCCAGGACCAGUUCUCUCUGUUAAGAGUGAGGUUGGAUACUACUGAAGAAGGAUCCUGUUCAACCUCCUAGAUGCCUUUACUGAGUUAUUUCUCUAUUAAAUAGUUAAUGAACCAAUCGUUUUAAAAUCCUACCAAAAAUAGUAAGGAAAACUGCAAAUGCACCAUAAUCAAACCUAAAAGUCAUUGCCAUUCACCAUGGAUAAAACUUGCCAUGUCAGCCAAACUCCAGUCCUCCCCCCACUGUUUGGUGACUUGGAGAACCAAUUUGGCGUUGUGUCACCCAGACCUUAGAGCUUGAGUCUAGGGGAGGAGAUGUGUUAUGCUAAACCCGGACUCCUUGGGAGAUGUAAAAGAGUCUCCGAACCUGUUGAGUGACUUCUUCAUUCCAGUUCAUGGGACACAGGGCACCCUGCCCCCACUGCUGCCUUACGCCAUCUCUCUGUGGAGCCAUCAGCCCUCGGCUUCCAGAGAGGUGGAGCUAGAUCUUCCCAGCUCUGCUUAGGGUUUGAUGCACUGGAAUUGUAUAUGGGUUGGUGGUGGGAAUUGAUCCUGUCCCUCAUCCAUUGGGACAUAAGGAUUUGACAUUCAGGAGUCAACCCUCUUGCCAGUGCCAUCUGACCAGUGGUCUCCCUACUUUCUCAUCCGUUCUCCACCCUCGUGUUUUGUUGGGGACAGUUGUUUUGUGGCUGUCUACAAAUGCCUUUUGUGACUAAUACCAUGCAAAACAUCUUGUAUUUCCCAGGGCUUUCAGGGAAGACCGUUGCCAAUUUCACAAAAGUAUCAUCUGUCACUUCCUGUGUAGGCAUAGAAUUCUGCAUCUUACAAAACCUAACUGGUAUGAUUUUAUGCUGUAAUAAAAUGACUUAUAACAAUACUUAUUCUCUCUCGGGAUGUUACAGUUUCAAGUCAGUGGAUCUUGAAGGACAAAUCUUUACAUUUCUUAUGUCCCAUAGCACAAUGCUAAUAAAUUUCACUUUUCUGAACCUCAGAGGGAUCCCUUUCUGAAUAAGUUCAGCGUUCAGGACUUAAUGCGGAAAGCCACCUCCUGUCAUGGACAAGAGGCCUUGGAUAUUUAGGACUUUGGAGCUAGAGAGCCUCCGAGGGGCUGAUGGUGGAUCGUUUGGAGGCAGACUUUGUAAGCCAUAGCAGUUGGCCACGCUGAAGGGGACGGAGGACAUAGGAAGGAGAGGAACGGGAUCUCCUGAGCCUGGCCCAGACCUGAGACCAGGUGCUUCAGCCAGGUGGGAAAGAGCCCUGUGGAAUGCAGCCUCCCUGCCAGGCUGUGGUGACUCCUGGUUGCAAGGGCUCCACCCUCCCCGCCUCUGCACGAUGAGAGAAUGUAUAAUUCCCUUUGGAGAGUGUGUGAUUUAAUCACAGGGUGAGGUAUCAAGAAUUCAUCACUAGGUGAGAUUAAGAAACAGCUGCUUAACACUGUCACUUCAUCAGGAUAAUUGGUCAUAAAAUAUCUCAGAACUUCAAUAUGGAGUUUUCAUGUAGUAUAUUAAAUUGUAUUUUCUAAUUUCUAGUUAAACUAAAUUAUUGCCUCGACUAUUCACAUAUUCUGCUUCAAAAUAAAUACACUAUAUUUGCUAAAA